AUGAAACUCACAGACACUCGGACAAAAGUCAAGCAGACAAUCCCAGCAAAAGAAAAAGAGCUGAAGAAGAUGAAAAUGGACAUCACAUCCCAUUCAAUAAGUUCUAGGGAUUCUGCAAAGGACGCUGUGAAGAACAGUAAGAGAGUCUUCACUGAAUUAGUCAAACUUAUUGAGAAAAAAAGUAAUGAAGUAAUUGAAAAGAUAAAAGCUCAAGAAAAGGCUGAUCUGGACCAAGGUGCAAAACUACAAGAUAAGCUGGAGGAGGAAAUCACUGAGCUGAAGAAGAGGGAAGGAGUCCUAGAUACACUUCUACAGACAGAUGACAACAUCCAAUUUCUUCAGAAUUAUGAGUCUGUGUCCUCUUCUUCUGGGUCUAAUGGCUUUCCCAGUCACUCUUUUAAGCCUUGCUGCUCUUAUACGGAUGUAAACAAACUUGUCUGUGAACUUAAAGAGCAACUGGAGACUGUUUUCAACCAGGAAAUAAAUGAAACAUUAAAAAAAGUUUCAGAUCUGGCAACAAAGAACAAUCCAGUUUGCAUUAAGGAUGGAGACAGUGUCAAAGUGAAGUCUUCUGUUAAAACCCAUGUGUCAGGAUUUUCAACUCUCACCUGCAAUAUUAAAAUAGGAGACAAGGUCUGUGUGAAGCCAUCUGUUGAAACUCCAAAAUAUCUAUGGGGUUCAGUCAAGCGUAAAAGCAUUGGCAGAGUUAUAAAUGUGCAGGGUGAGACUGUAACAGUAGAUUUCCCUGAGCAGGAAGGUUGGAUUGGUGAAGUUUCUGAAAUGGACCUUGUAGUCAGUGCAGAUUUAGGGUCCCCGACUCAUGACUGCUUCAAGAUAGGAAACAGAGUCAGAGUGAGAUCUUCAGUGAAAGAACCAAAACAUGGAUGGGGAUCAGUCACUCACAACAGCAUCGGUGUCAUUACAAAAAUUCAAGGAGAGUCUUUGACUGUGUAUUUCCCUGAGCAGAUGGAUUGGACUGGUGUACUUUCAGAGAUGGAGCUCAUGAGCGGUGAUGUUUCAGAAUGCCUCAGUUUAAGCCCUGGAGCGAGGGUCCGUGUUAAACCCACCAUCAGCACUCCAGCACAUGGCUGGGGAAGUGUCACCAUGCACAGCAUUGGAGUUGUUGUAGCUAUAGAUGGCACCAAAGUGACUGUGAACUUCCCUGAGCAGUCUAAAUGGACUGGCACUGUCUCAGAGAUGGAGGCUGUACCUUAAUGAUGAUACACAGCAUCCAGGAGCAGUUAAUAACAUUUUUACUGUGCAAGGGUGUAAAAUAUAGAGAUGUUUAUGAAAAAUUAGGUUGAUGUUAACAGGUGUAGAGUCUUAUGCACAGAUUAUUAAUGCCCACUGGGACCCACUAGGAUGGCCUGAUCCUAACAGUCUAAAUUUUAUUUUUCAGUGUCCUUGUUACAUUACUAUAGUUGUUGAAGCCAUUUCUAUGGAAGUAAUAAUAUUUUGAGUUUAUUUGGUAAAAUCUGAGAAAAACCUGUGUUGCAAAUGAAACGUAGAAAUUGGAAUGUAAACAGUUAGCCAGUGAUCUAGUAUAAUGUAAUUUGAUUGGCUGUUAGAUUUAGAAUGAAAGAAAUAGAACCCUGCGAAACAGUCAGAAGCCACUGGACUUUGGAGCAACACAGUCUUUUGACCUACACGGAACUGCACAGUUAAUUUGUAAGAAAAGUAAAGAUCCUAAGUUUUUAUUAUUAUUUUUUUUUAUGUUUUGAGAUUAUUAAUUAAUAGAGUCAAAUGAUUAAACAGUCAAAUGAAGAACUUUGGAUUCAAGACUUUUAUUCACUGACAUUUUGUGUUGAGUACAAAAGAACUUUGAAGUCCUAAGCUAGUGAGUCAGCUUGUUGCACUCACAAUAGUAAUAACUAUAAAAUAUGUGUUAUUGCAUGCAACUAACCCUAAACCAAACCCUAAUUCUAACAUGUAGUUAAGUAAUAUUACUCAGUAUUUAAAUGUAUAAUUACACUGUAACAAGGACACCUUAAAAUAAAGUGUAACCAGACCUAUUUUAAAUGUUACAUUUACCUAAAGAUUGCAUAAGAAGG